AUGGCCCUGAACCAAUGGACGAGCACCUUCUUGCUCCUCGUCAGCCUCUCAGCAACCCUGACCCUAGCACAACUCGUUCCAGCAUCUCCGCCAACAGCCACGGUGCCCAUCGUUUCGGCCUCAUCUCCAUGGCUGACAACUGCGACCCCGACGUCUAAUCCCGCCUACCACCCGGCCUCUCUCGCUUGGUCAACGGGGGCAAGCAAGUUUCCGUCGUAUUUCGGAGAAGCAAAGAUCGCCCAUGCAGCUUUGGGGGCUGCGGCGUUUCUUUUAUGCUUUCCCCUCGGCGGCAUCAUUGUCAAGGUCUGGCCGCAUCGUCACAUCGUCUGGAUUCAUGCGGCCAUCCAAGCUGUUGGGUUGGCCAUAUUUGUGGCCUCCACGGGCUUAGGGAUAUGGAUGGGCUUGAAAAUUGACGCUCUCGAUCACUACCACUGCGUCAUCGGUCUCGUCAUCCUAGGCCUCCUCCUUCUCCAGCCCCUGAUGAAGUUGCACUGGUUCCACGAAAAGAUCCCCAAGGUCGUACACUUUGUGCACAUCCAUCUCUGGCUGGGCCGUGCAUUGAUCCUCCUCGGGAUUGUCGAUGGCGGCCUGGGUUUCCAAUUCGCCGCCACCUUCAAGGGCCCCAAGUGGGCGAGCGGAUGGAAAAUUGCAUAUGGCGUGUGUGGCGCGCUCGUUUGGAUCAUCUAUGUGAGCGUCGUGAUUGUGUGGGUGGAGCUGAAGAAGCCUGACGCGAGCGCGGUGGCGAUCGAUGGGAGUGAGGAGAUGGCGGCUUUGAAUCAAGCCAGAGGACGAACGGAGGAGCGACCAAAGACGGCGGACACUGUAACGAGUACAGUGCAUGACGUCGAGAUUGGCGAGUUUGUGCAGGUUGAGCCGAUGAGACCUGCUCGGCCUAGGGCGUUGUGA